GGGAAUAACGCCCGCAACUAAAUGUUGCGUGAAACUGUUAUUAUUACGUAAUUCCAAAAAAACAAAGUACAAAGUACUUCCCCAUAAUUCACCCCCCAAUCGUUCAUUAUCACCUCACCAGUUGGAAUCGCCCAAAAACAAAGAUAACUCAGUCGUUUCCAAUCGACAAUGGAAAUCGGCGUGAUUACACCGAAGGUUAUGCCGAACUAGCCAGAACACCGUAAAAGUCCACGACAAUUGCCUCUCCCCUAGGUUGAAAAAAAAACGACGCUAUGUGAAGCCCUGCAGAUGCUUCUCCCCCAAUCAAUGAGUAAACUCCAGUGUCACAGCGAGAAAACUGCAAAAUCAUUGAAACCCCAAGGACAAUAUCAAGGUUAAAAUUCUCCAAAAUUCAAUCAAACGUUUUGCCGGGCUACAGUGAAGCCCCCCCAUCCCCCUUCUCGACUUCCGCCGGAACAUAACCAAGUCCAUAACACCCAUUUGUGAUUUGUCAGUGUGUGCAGUGGUAAAUGAUCACGUGAUCGAAGUGAUCGACUUCAUCGCGUUCAGUGGCCACGAGGUUUUCUGUGGGUUGAAACAUUUGAUAAAAAAAAAAUUGUGUGUAUCUACGGUGAUUUAAUAGUCGUGGGUGUUUUUACAAAACAGUGUAUUCACCUUCAAUAAUUGAAUUAUUGUACAUUAGUGUGAAAAAUGCCAUCGAGCAAUCCAUUGCCACCAAAAGAGAAUGCAUUGUUUAAGCGAAUUUUGAAUAGUUCAUCAAACUUUGAGAGAGAGAGAUGCUUUUCAAUUCUUAACCUAAAUCAUUAGCCUUCAUACGUGAAUCUUAAUUCAAUGAUUGAUGCUUGAGGUUUGAACACUGGGUUAUCACCUUCAGACUGUUGUUGUGAUGAUUUUACAUGAGAUGCUACGAGCACAAACAGUACAAAAAUGGGUUGAAAUUUGCAAAGCAGAUUCUGUCAAAUCCAAAAUUCGCAGAGCAUGGGGAGACCCUGGCGAUGAAGGGACUCACCCUCAAUUGCUUAGGUAGAAAAGAGGAGGCUUAUGAUCAUGUACGCAGGGGCUUGAGAAAUGACCUACAGUCACACGUUUGUUGGCACGUCUACGGAUUGCUACAGAGAUCCGAUAAGAAAUACGAUGAGGCCAUCAAGUGUUAUCGUAAUGCACUCAAGUGGGAUAAGGAUAAUUUACAGAUCCUGAGGGAUUUGUCGUUGCUUCAAAUACAAAUGAGGGAUCUUGAUGGUUAUAAGGACACUAGAUACCAGUUAUUUAUGCUCCGACCGACCCAGAGAGCCUCGUGGAUCGGCUUCGCAAUAUCAUAUCACCUCCUGAAGGAUUACGAGACAGCCUUGAAGAUCCUGGACACGUUCCGUGACUCCCCAAUGAUCUGCUACGACUACGAGCACAGUGAGCUCCUACUGUACCAAAACCUGGUGAUCCAGGAGUCAGGUGACAGUGAAGCUGCUCUCAAGCAUUUGGACAAAUACAGCGAUCAAAUAUGUGACAAAAUCACUGUAAAGGAGACGUACGGAAAACUCCGUCUGGAGCUAGCCCAGUACGCUGAGGCUGUCCAGGUGUACAAGGAUCUUCUGACGAUAAAUCCGGAGAAUACGAGUUACUAUGCUAAACUGGCUGAAGCCGAGCAGCACGAGAAGCCCGAGGAUACCCUCGAGAUGCUCCAAAGAUACGAAGAACUGUUUCCACGUGCACUAGCACCAAGAAGACUGCAAUUAAACUACGCGAGUGGUGAACAAUUCAAGAAAUUAGUCGAUCAAUAUUUACGAAGGAGUUUGCACAAAGGUGUACCACCACUGUUUGUCAAUUUACGAUCACUGUACACGGAUCAGCAAAAAGUUGAUACAAUACAGUCACUCCUGCAGGAGUACAAAGCAGCAUUGAACAAACAUGGACACUUCAGUGACGCCGAGGAGGACAAUCCACGUGAACCGGCAUCAGCAUUACUGUGGACAUAUUACUAUCUUGCACAGCAUUAUGAUUACCUGGGUGAUCAUGAGAAAGCACUCUAUGACAUUGAUGCUGCAUUGUCACAUACACCCACUCUCAUUGAACUUUUUGUUACCAAAGGACGCAUUUACAAACACGCUGGCAAUGUACAGGAUGCAUACAAGUGGCUUGAUGAGGCUCAGGAGCUCGACACUGCCGAUCGGUAUAUCAAUUCCAAGUGUGCCAAGUACAUGCUGCGUGCUAAUUUAAUUAAGGAGGCCGAGGAAACGUGUGGGAAAUUUACCCGAGAGGGGGUACCACCUAUGGAGAAUCUUAAUGAAAUGCAGUGCAUGUGGAUACAGACUGAGGCUGCCAAUGCUUAUCAGAGAUUGGGAAAGUAUGGAGAUGCCUUGAAAAAAUGCCAUGAAGUUGACAGACAUUUUUCGGAGAUAAUCGAAGAUCAAUUUGACUUCCACACGUACUGCAUGAGGAAAAUGACACUUCGCUCGUACAUUGGCCUUCUGAGGUUAGAGGAUGUACUUCGUUCACAUCCAUUCUACUUCAAAGCUGCCAAAUGUGCAAUAGACGUUUACCUCCGACUCCACGACAAUCCUCUGCCCGACCCCACGCAGAUCCAGGAAAUCGACACCGAAAAUUUGGCGCCAUCGGAGCUGAAGAAAAUGAGGAACAAGCAGCGCAAACAACGCAGGAAGGCCGAGCUUGAGAGGCAGCAGGCAGCCCACGCCCAGGAGAAGAGGGAACAGCACAAUAAAUCCCGACAACAGGCCGAUCCUGACUUUGAGCAGCCAACGUUAGAUGAAUUGAUACCCGAGAAACUUGAGAGGGUUGAGGAUCCACUGGAGCAGGCGAUCAAGUUUCUGCAACCCCUGCAGAAUCUUGCCGCCGAUCGAAUAGAGACUCAUUUGAUGGCGUUUGAAAUCUACUAUCGCAAAGGUCGAACUCUUCUGAUGCUUCAAUCAAUAAAACGUGCGCAUCGCUUGGACUCCAGUAACCCCGACCUCCACUCCUGUCUGGUGCGUUUUCUCCGGCACACAGCUGCCUCCCCCCUCGAGGGUCCAGUAGCCGAAGUUGUGCAGCACCAAACCCGCGAGAUCUACCCCAAUUCUGAUGCAGUGCAAUUCAACAUCGAAUUCCUCCAGAAAAACAAGACCUCCCUUCCUCACCUCCUCCAAGGCGCCAGAAUGCUGUACCUCCUGGAUCCCACAUCUCAGUGGAAAGCUCUCUCACUCGCCACCGGCAUCGACGACCUCACUGGGGUCACUCUGCCAAUCUGCACGAGGGUGCUGGAAGCCCUUAGAGCCAAUGAUUUUGGCCCCUGUGAUGCAGCGAUAGACGACUACAUGAACAAGUGUCACAAACGUUUUCCCUAUGCAACUGCAUUCAGACCACCAGAGGCUAAGCCACCAGUUCAGCUUAAUGCAGCACUCAAUCGUCAGGACAAGGAGAACUCAAUUAAGAACUGAUCGUCCAUCACGAUUAAUCAACAAUAAUUAGCAAAAACCGAAUAAGAAUCAAGAUUAAAUAACUCAAACCACCGGAUGGAUGAAAUAAUUAACAAGAUUUUCUUCCCUCUGGACAAAAAUUAAAAUGUGCAUGAAACGUUUGUGGGGAUGAGCCUAGGGGUGCUCCACCUGCCUGAGGAAAGGGAGGAGGGGAAUUUAGAGCUGCUGGAUAAUGGAUUUUAAGUGCGGAUUAUAGUGAUCAUAUUGGAAUAGUGUCGAUAAUCGAACGAAGAAAGUUGAUGAAGAUAUGAUGAGGAACAAUCUUUAUGAAAUUAGACAACGCGGGGGGUCUUGGGGGUCGUUUAUGGAAUUUUUAAUGUAAUAGCAAGGACUUCAGGUAUGUUCACUUGAUAAGGUACGUGAUAAUGAUGCACUUGGGGAUAGGGGAGGGACGAGAAUGCUUGUGAGUGGACUUGAAGUGCGCAUUUGAAAGGUUUAAAUAAAAUGAAAAUUAUAAAUACAGUAUAAUGUAAGACUCUUACGUUUCAUACGCUCUGUCAUCAUUAAAGUGAAGUAUCAACCGAUUUAUUGAUAAAUAGUCCAUUAAUUAAGAGGGAGGGGGAGUGAAAAUUCAUCAACGAUUGCCUAGUACUGGGCACUCUACUGUGUAGAGUCACUGUGGAAUUUAUUUUAUCAUCGAUGUGUCCUUCAUCAGUCAUUAUGGACUUAAGAUUGUGUAAUUAAUUUUUGUGUCAUUAAAUGGAUGAGAAUGGUUUGUUCAUUUAUUAAAACUUCAUGGAGGUGAAAA